ACGGAGUACACAGUACGAAUCAACACGCACUUGCCAUGACUCCUUGAUCGGGUUUGCGUCUUUACAAUUCCCCUUGCCUCUUCUAUCAAAGCCAACAAUGGCGGCUCGGCCCACGACUCGCCUUGUGCUCCUCAGCGCACUUGCGCUUAUAUUCGUCACAUACUUUAUCUUCCUCCAACCUCGAGGUCCCGAAAGCCCCGCGACACGAGCACCGGGUCACUUAACGGAUACAAAGAAUACAAUACCGUCGGAAUUAGCUUUGGACGAGGAUGUGCUUAAAGGAGGUGUGGUCAUGCCAAAGUUGGCCAAUGAGACUGCAAAGGCGGAAUUGGGCCGGGCUACUUGGAAGUUCUUCCAUACGAUGAUGGCGAGAUAUCCGAAAGAACCUACUAUGGAGGAGCAGGAAGCAUUGCGGUCUUUUGUCUUUUUAUUCUCGCGACUUUACCCAUGCGGUGAAUGUGCAUCGCAUUUCCAGGGCCAUCUGAAAAAAUACCCGCCACAGGUUUCGUCGCGCGAUGCGGCGGCGGGAUGGGCCUGCUUUAUCCACAACGAAGUGAAUCGCAUGCUGAAAAAGCCCCAGUACGACUGCAACAAACUGGAUGAAUAUGAUUGUGGGUGCGGGGAAGCGGAUGAUAACGGAGAGAAGGACCUGGCGAGGACUGUCAAAAACGAUGCGAAAGAAUCGGAUCAGGAUCAUGCCGUCAGUCCUGCUGUUGAGAUCACCAAGGAACCACUCACUCGAGGGGGUUAGCUAGGAUGAAGCUACGGCCAGCCACACCCUCAAGACGAUCCAGACCAUCCCGCCAUGUCUCGUGAUACCCCCUGUGCCAUUUCAGCGAUACCCCUCCAGUUGUCCGUUUCUCCAAUGUCGUCACUUGAAAUAUUCGGCAUUCACUGUCUACGACCUGCAAAUCUUUCACCUUUCAUUGUUCAUUCAUACGUCUCCUUGGAUCGCAGGUAUACUCACUCAUAUUCAUUUUGGUGUGUUGCGCCAUAGGCACAACUUCGCCACAGAAAAUAAUGCAACCUGCCGAUAAGCACGGAGGCAGUCUACCAUGGCGCAUGACCUCUAGAACUGCCGUCGAUGCCAGCGCUUGACUAUCUGGGAACUAGCUGAUACUAACAUAAAUCAUGCAAAGUAUGUGUGUGGUCGAUCUAUACAUAGUAGAUCUUGUGUGCCCGGUGUACGGAGUAAUUGUAUAUAGAAUAAAUACUGGUACUAUAUCAAAUUGACUACACCAUCUCCUAGCAUCAUCGAUAGCGGAAAAUGAAGUCCUACGAUUGGAUGGC